AUGGCCAUACUCACUCGGCUACCAGUGACUUCUGUUGCUGGGACCGCAGCCGUCGCAGUCCUCGUCACUUUGCUGGCCCUGGUGGUACGCCGGAGACUGCUGCAUCCACUCCGUUCGUUCCCCGGACCGUGGCUCAACAGCAUAUCGGAAAUUCCUGCGGCUUAUGCUCUGGCUACCGGUGUUCAACACUCCUACUACAGAGAUCUGCACGCAAAAUAUGGUUCGGUGGUAAGGGUCGCCCCGGGCGAGCUGAGCUGUAUCGACGCCGACGCAUGGGAGGAGAUUUACGGCAUCAGGAAAGGUGGCGCGAACAUGGAGAAGAGCCCGAUCUUCAUAGGAGCAGUCUCACCCAUGGACGGACAGACCGGCAUCAGCCUCGCACCGAACGAGGCACACAGUCGCCAGCGAAGGGCGCUGGCGUAUCCGUUCUCCAACGGCGCGUUAUUGCAGCAGCAGGAAAUCCUUCAGCGUCACGUUGACAAGCUCAUCGCCGCCCUGAGAAAGAUGGCGGCGGACCGUCGCCCCGUCGACUUCUCAGACUGGUACACAUACACGACAUUUGACAUGAUGGGAGACCUCUGUUUCGCCGAGCCCUUUGGGUGCUUGGACCAGGAAUCGGCGACGGAAUGGUCCACUUCCGUCAUCAAUGUCUUCAUGUCUGCCGCGUGGGACCAGGCCAUCCGCCGCGUGGCAGGAGUCGGGACGCCUCUGACAAGGUUCCUCGUCAAGCUGCUCAUCCCGGCCAAGGCCGCGGGCUGGCGCAAAACGCACUUCUUCAACUCGCGGGAGAAGACGCUGCGCCGCCUCGCCGACCCUGACCGCGACCACAAGGACCUCAUCUACCACAUCCUGCAGAACAACGAGUCGAGGAAGUCGCUCUCCGAGACCGAGAUCAUCCUCAACAUGGUCCUCAUGAUCAGCGCCGGGACCGAGACGACGGCCAGCCUGCUGACGGGCUGGACGUACUACAUCUGCUCGCACCCGGAGGCCUACGGUAAGCUGGUGGCCGAGAUCAGGGGCAGCUUCGCGUCGAGCGCCGACAUCAAGUGGGAGACGGUUAAGGAGCUGCCAUACCUGAACGCCACCAUCAACGAGGCGCUGCGUCUGUUCUCGCCUGCGGCCGGUAAUCAGCAGCGCGUCGUCCCCGCCGGGGGCGCCACCCUCGGCGGCCGCUUCGUCCCCGCAGGCACCACAGUUGCCGUCGCGCCGUGGGCGGCCUCCCACUCGAGCCUGAACUACGCCGAGCCGGACGAGUUCAGGCCGGAGCGCUGGCUGGGGGACCCCAGGUUCGCGGGCGAUAAGCUGCAUGCCUCGCAGCCCUUCAGCCUGGGGCCCAGAGGUUGCAUCGGAAAGAACCUGUCCUACUUUGAGAUGAGACUCAUCAUGUCACACCUUCUCUGGAACUUUGAUGUCGAGUUGGACGGCGGGAAAUCCGGCGAGAGCGGCAGGGCGUGGGACAUGGACGGCGAAGGGAAGAACAUGAAGGUCUACCAAACCUGGUUCAAGCCGAGUCUGUUCAUCAACCUGAAAGAGGUCAGCCGUUAG